UUUUGCAUUUCUGGUUCCGGUUGUGGGUCCGUCCGGGUCUGGGGGUCUGUAGGACAAGCCAGGGGGAAACAGCUACACCUAAGAUGUCCCACCACUUGAAAGUCGUCGCCCGGACAGUGAUGGUCCCUAACAGCAAUGUAGAAGCCGCCUACAAAGUCCUCAACAGGAUCCUAACCAUGGACGGCAUCAUUGACGAGGCCAAGCCGCGGCGCUAUUACGAGAAACCCUGCCGCCGGAGGCAGCGCGUGGCGUAUGAGACAUGCCGGAGGAUCUACAACACCGAAAUGGGGCGCAAGAUCAACUUCCUCAUGCGGAAGAAUCGUGCGGAUCCUUGGCUUGGCUGCUAAGCUUUGAAG